ACUAUUUAUUGAAAUGUUUUUCACUUUAAACUUUUGUAACUUGUAUGAUAAUAUCUUUACUGGCGUAUUAGCAUUUUUUUUAACUUAACUUUUUUAGGUAAAUACUAUUUUUGAGCAGCGCCUCUCCAUCGCACGUAUGUAUUCAGGUUUAAAUGUGUCACUCUGAGGCAGCGGUUCAGCAGGUUCUGCAGAGUUAUUGUUGGAAUAAAAAUUGGUUUGGUUGCGUCGUUUAGCUCUUGUUCCGCUUUCUUACUCUAUACACCGCCUCGCCUUCAAAUGAUUUGCAUUUUUUAACUGACUCCUUUCGCUUUUCCACGGAAUGACGUUUAAAGAAAUGAGAACCUACAGAAUAUAUCUCCUUAUUGUGAACAUUAUAUUCAUCACAUCAUUUCCAGAUCUGCAGGCACAAAAACUGGAGGUACUGCCAGAAGUUCCAGGAUACCUGGGCCAUGAAGCCGUUUUAAGAUGCAGGUUCAUCACAAGCUCUAAAGAUUCCAGAGUUUUACAGGUUCAGUGGGAUAUAAAGUCAGAGAGCGAAAACUCCACGAUUCUGGUUUUCAACUCAGAUCAUGGAAUGACUAUUCGAGAAUCUUCCCUGAAGGACAGAGUGAAUCUUACAGAACACUCACUGAAAAUAACAGAUUUGAAAUUGACUGAUACAGGCUCCUACACCUGCAGCAUUUCCGUUUUUCCCAGUGGAUCAUUCAAAGAAACCACAACACUUAUUGUUUAUGAUGAGCCUGUCCCUGAACAAAAGCAGGUGCAGACAUCCCCAGGGAUACUCUCUGCAAUCAUUAUCUCAGUCUUACUUCUUCUAGUGAUCCUCACCGCCGCAGCUUACCUUACCUAUAUCAAAAGACAAAAUGCGGCACGCAGGCUUCAAGUCCACAUUGAUACAUCGAGGCGUUUAGCCAGUGUGACCAGACCAUCUUAUAUUUUUAAGGAGCAGGAUGAAGUGGUGUAUGCUGAUGUGACGCCUAAACGAAUGAGAGAAUCAGAAUCCUCACUUAAUAAGAAAUCCCACACGGCUGCUCAGGCUGAAGAGGUCACUUAUUCUGAGGUCAAGGUUUAUCAUCAAAGACCUAACUUAGAAACAAUGUUUAGUCUUUGAUUUUUUGCAAAAAGAGAAAAAUAAAUACUGUACCAGUAAUACUUUCAUAAAAAUAUCUUAUCUCCACCUUUAUUAACUGUCCACAUCCUGUAGCUGUUCUGCAGUCUUUUUGCACCUUAUCUCUAGCUAAAUGAUAAUAUCAUCAUGUCUGCAUUUACCAAGCUUGUUGUUGCUUCCUGCAAACAUACCGUACUAUAGUUACGUAUAUAUUGAAAUGAACCUGUGGGUAAGAAGACUCACCCCUAUACAGGAAUGUCAACCUUCACCCGUUGGGUAUGAGACUCAUGCAUCUCAUUGUCUACAGACACUCUCACUCCAUAUUCCCAAUUUUUUACGCUUAAAAAUGACAGACAUUUAAAAUCAACUUCAUUCCACUUAUUUAUACAUAAAAAUAGCAUGGUUAUGAGAAUCCAGUCCGCAUUUUUAAUACACCCUUAGUGUUAACACACAAGGACAUGCCAAGUGUAAUCCAGUCCUUAUUUUUGCACUAAUCCACCUAUUCACUGAAAGCAGCUUAGACUGGGAUUUCUGAGAAGUUAUUUUGAGGUAUGUCAUUUUAAUAUUUAUCUUAUCUCAUCUGGACUAAGAUAUUUUUCUUAUUAAAUUAUUGGAGAUUUCAAGCAAUCUAGUACUUAAGUAAAUAUGAGUUAAAUAUACAGCAGUUAGUAAUCAAUGUGCAGAUAUGUAGGAUCACAUUAAAUGGUUUGCUUGCUCUUUACCUAGUGCUUUUUUAAUUCCCAGUUUUAGUCCAUGUUUUUCUCACAAGUUAGAAUAAUUAUUGCUCAGUCUAGUGUAAUAAUCUCCAUUGGAAUUUAGGACUAAUUAAACCAACGCAAAUAUCUAAAUACUUAAAGCUUUCAGGUUUGCGUCAACAAUCCAUAUGAGGUUCACAAAAAGAGAAAGAACCAUUGCAUUUUAUUUUUCAAAAGAUCAGCCAUCCAAGAACAGACCUGCCUCAUACAGAGAGGAUGGUCAGAACAACUCAGUUAUCCAGGAUUCACAGAGGAGGAACCACAGGGAUGCUCUCAUUUUAUUAUUACUUAUCUUAUUUAUUUAGCCUUAUUUUGGUCCAUUGAACAUGCUUAAAAACAUAAUUUCCAUCACAUUUUCCAAUAAAAAAAAACUAAUAACAUAAUGAGUGAAGCUUUUUUAUCCUUCGCAUAUUGACAAAUAUUCAUACACAGUGUAGUUUGCACAGAAUUUGAUUUCAGUGGUUUCUGUAUUAGGGACAUUAAUCCAGUAAUAACUUAUUAGUUUCCCAUUGUUUAUUUUACUUGAACUGUUCAAUAUAAUUAAUAAACAAGUUGUAAAAUCCUUAGUUUACAGGAUAAUUAAGAUGCAACUAUUUUAGUAGGGUCCACUCUUCUUCAGUCUACUUCAGUUCUCUGAAAAUCACCAGAAUAUAGAAAAUAAUGUAUAUUGUGAGAAAAAUGUUCCACAUAACUACAGAUCACUUAUUGUUACUCAGUUACAUUUACUGUGCUAUCAAAAAUCCCCCAUGUUGACACUUUGUUUCAGUUAAAUCUUUUGAAAACCUACAACCUAUAGCUGCAUCUAUGUAUCUUUCCAAACUAUUUCAACAUCUCACUCCGAGGUUUGGUGAAAAGUUUAGCUCCCAGCUAUAUCAUAUAAACCAUGCCCUUUUGUGAUCAUUCAACCUUAUCUUCAGGUAGAAAUUCCUGUUUCAGCCAGACUGAAAAGGGAGAUUGUACAUGUGAAAAGUGCUUAGAUGUUUAAUUUUUACCUUUAUUUCUUGUCAAAGGGAUUUUUAUUUUGUUGCAUUUGAUGUGUAAUGAAUGUUACAUAUAUUUUCAUGUAUUGUCUUUCACAGUAUAAAACCACCUAAACACUAUUGCGAACAUUCAUGUUCUUAGCUACACUGAAUCAUUGGUUUAACUUACCUCUACCUAAUCCAAUAUACAUGUAAUUGUCAGUUACAUCAUCUCAGGAAUGUGUUGUAGUAGUAAAAAUUUGGGCUCAAACUUCUUGAAAGAGAUAGGAAAAUGUAUCUCUGAUAUAAAGGACGGAAAAUCUAUUAUAGCCGUGUAGAAGGAGCGAAACAUUGAUAGAUCCACUCUGUAAAAGUUAAUUAAAGUUACCCUAAAGAAGUGCAGUAAGUUGGAAUUGAUGUUUGCACAACAGUAUUUCUGUUCUUAACAACUGGAACAUUCAUUCAAACAGGUGGAUUGUUAAUAACAUCACAUUUUCCAGUUAAAAAAAAAGUUCAUAUAAAGGAUUGUUUUGAAAUUUUGAUUGUUUGAAAUGUUUCCACAUAACUACAGAUCACUUAUUGUUAUCCAGUAACAUUUACAGUGCUAUAGAAAUUCCACAUUUUGCCACGUUGUUUCAAUUAAAUCCUCUGAGAUCUGCACAUAUCCUCAUAGCCUUUCAAUCUAACCCUGACAAUCCUGGUUUUAUUUUAGAAUUUGAGUCAAAUGGAAUCUAUAAUUCAUAUGUGUUAAAAAAGUUUUCUAUUCAAGGAAACCCGGCUGAUUGCAUCAAGCCAUUGACGUGCAGCAUUCACUUCUGGAUGAACAUGUGACAGAAAAAAAUGAAUGUUGAUCUUAAACAGGAAGAAACUUCCACCAGACCUAGACUCAGUGUCCACAACUGAUAUGAUAUUUGAGUCACCUGAACACACAAAGUGAACAUUGAGGUCCUGAUCCAAUGUGCUUUCUAUGUUAAAAAAAAUACUUUAUAAUGAAGUAUUUCAUAAUUAUUCUUAAUAUUUACACAGAUUUAUGCUGCAAGUAGUUGUUUUUUUUUUUUUAGUAUGACAUUCAGACAAUUUUCAGGAAGUUGUUGUUCCGCAUUCACCAAGUGUAAGAGGAAGAAGGUAAUAUAGGAUGCAAAAAAAGAAUAAAAUUAUGCCAUAAAUGGAGAAGUGAACAGCUUCAUAAAAACCACACUGGCUGUAGGCUGUUUGAUCACCCCGUUCUAAUCCAAGGAGAAAUGUUUCUCAAAAAGUGUACAAAAAGAAAGAAACAUCUUUAAGUUUUAACAGAAUUUACUCAUAUGAUGUUGCACAAUAUCAUUGAUAUAAGUACAGAUUACAGAGGAAGUCUUUAUCUUCUUUAUCUUUGGCCUACCCUCUUGGCCAUAGCUCAGAACAGAAAAUAGUCAAGAUCUAAUAAAUGUUUUUCCAAUUUAUCAUAAAAAUGCCACACCCAGCUAGAAGGUGCCUCAUCCAAACUCUAAAGCUGCAGCAUCAUACAUUCUCCCCCAGACCACAUCAUUACCAAAUAAGGUGAUGUUAGACACUCUCAGGUCAUCAUAGGUCAAGCAUUGGAAUGUCCCUUUGGCUGACUUGCCACCAUGCACACACAUGACCAGUAACAGAAAGUAAAAUAAUAAUAAUAAAUUAAUUGUACACUAGGCCAAAGCUAAACAUUGUAAAUCUGACCUGAAGUUAAUAUCUCAGUAUCAUUUAGUAAGAUUUAAAUGUUAGUCAUAGCCUAUAGCAAUGGAUAGUGCUUUAUUUCACUGCAGCUGCUGCUUUAUCUUGACAUUCAUUCAGAAUGCAGGUGUCUCAGCCUGAGAAUGCCUUAUGUUAAACUAUGCCUUAUAUCAUGUUAAACUAAGGUGACAAAGUUUGGUUUACAGGCCUGCAGUAGAUCUGAAGUUCUGUUCACUGACUAUGUGCACCAGUAGUCACCAUCACCUGCUCUUUACAGUCAGCAUUUCCUGACUGUGUGAAUCUGUGGGUGUGAACGUUUAAGUAUGAGCCAACAUACACAUGUUUGAUGUCCUCUGCCCAAACCCUCGCUCUGAGGUGUUGGAACAAAAAUCUUUUUUUUUUUUUUGUCUUCGUCUUAAAUGUCAAAACAUGUACUUUUCUUUAUCCUCACCAUUGUUUGAAA